CCUACCCCUACCUUAGAACUUCAGAGCCACGUAGGUGAGUUUGGAAAUGUAAUUUUCGCUAACACCAGUCACCACCGUCCAUUCUCACCAUCGAAUACUUCUCCAGAAGAAUAUAUAUAUAUAUAUAAUCGGAUUAAAGAUUAGUUUGGUGAAUAAUCACAUUCCAUAGGCCAUUAGAAGCCAAUCUGUCGCAUGAAGUACCAAUCUCAUAAUUAACUACGAUUAUUGUUGUAUCGAGGAAUCAUAACAUAAUUAGUUAAUUACCAUUGCCAAUUCACAGUUAAAUCACAAUUCCUUGUGGCGUUCGCUUUCCUAAACACCCAGUCAGUACCGUCAUUCCCCUCUUCAAGAAAUGACCAUUGACACAAAUUCCCUCCUUUUUUAUACUCCGCCGCCUCCAUUUUCACUGCUUCAUUUGCUGUUUUCCCGUCCUCUGUUUUACCCUCUAAACAAAUCCCCACCAGAGAAGAAAGAAAGAAAGAAAGAAAUCAGAAACCCUCUGCCAUGAAUCUAGCCCAGCUGCUGCGUGUAUCAAUCUCAAUCUUUCUGGCUUCACUGCUUCUUUCCUUUUCUUCACCUCUCGCUGACUCCGCUCAAUCCGAUAUUAAUGACUUCUACCCGGAGGAGCGGGACGCGCUGCUGCAAAUCAGGGACUCCCUACCGUCGACGGCCGAUCUCCACGCGCUGUGGACGGGUCCGCCAUGUCGCCGGAGCUCCAGCCGUUGGCGAGGCGUCGCCUGUGAGGACGGCCACGUGGUCCACCUGGUGCUUCAGGGGAUCAACCUGACGGGCAACCUUCCGACCCAAUUCCUGCAGAACAUAACCUUUAUGACCAAAGUGAGCUUCGUCAACAAUUCCCUCCGUGGGCCGCUCCCCAAUUUGACCGGUCUCGUCAGGUUGGAGCAAGUCUCUCUGUCCUUCAACUGGUUCACCGGUUCGAUCCCUCCGGAGUACGCUGCCCUGCCCAAUUUGAAGAUCCUGGAGCUGGAGGGAAAUUCUCUACAGGGGAGGAUUCCGGGGUUUAAUCAAUCCGGAUUGAUCAGAUUCAACGCGUCGCACAAUCUGCUCGGUGGUCGGAUUCCUCGUACAAUGGCUCUGGAGAGGUUUCCCCGCGGCUCAUUCGACCACAACUCGCAAGACCUCUGUGGCCCGCAGUUGGACCCCUGCCCUGUUUUGCCGCCGCCGACUCCGACUCCGACUCCGACUCCGUGGCGGAAAAGGGAAAUUGGAGUUAAGCUAUGGGUGAGUGCGGUGAUUGCACUAGGAGGUGUAACAAUGUCGCUCAGUAUCAUCAUGCUCUGCCUGCUCUAUCGCCGAAAACAGGGGAAGGGGAACCAAACUCCGCAAAGCGGAAGCUACAUAGACUGGUCAGUGAAGAUGAAGGGUUACUCACACUCAGGGAGCAGGACGAACCCAGCAGAGAGAACAAUGGAAUUGGACUUGUUCGUGAAAGACAUUCCUUCUUUGGGCCUGGAAGAGUUGCUGAGAGCCUCUGCGGAAAUCCUGGGGAAGGGUAAAAACAGUAUCACAUACAAGGCGAUCUUAGAAUCGGGAGCCGUUGUGGUGGUUAAGCGCCUCCAAAACUUAAACUUGGACGUCUCAUCAUCUCAGAAAGAUUUCUUCCAGCAGAUGCAGCUCCUCGGAAACCUAAAGCACCACAACCUGGCACAGAUCGUCUCCUUCUACUACUCCCCAGAUCAAAAGCUCAUCAUCUACGACUACGUCCAUGGCUACAACCUCUUCAAAUUGUUACAUGAUAACAGAGGAAUUGGAAGGAUUACAUUGGAUUGGACAGCGAGGGUAUCGAUAAUCAAAGACGUAGCACAUGGUUUGGCAUUUCUCCAUGCUGCCUUGCCUUCCCACGGGGCGCCUCACGGCAACCUGAAAUCAUCCAAUGUCCUUGUCCGCCGGGAAGGUCUAAACUACUGCUGCAAGCUCACCGACUACGGCCUGCUCCCGCUUCUUCAGUCUCGGAAAUUUCCCGAAAGCCUGGCCGUCUGGAGGUCGCCGGAGUAUUGUCAGGGAAAGCCACUGACGCACAAGGCUGACGUGUACUGCUUGGGAAUUCUGCUCCUGGAAGUCAUCACCGGGAAGAUCCCCGACGACAGGCCGCUGACUGGGGACGAUGAGGCAUCGUCGAUGGAUGACCAAUCCGAGUGGGUUAGGUCGACGGUGAACAGUGAUUGGUUGACGGAGAUAUUGGAUAUAGAGAUUAUGCAGUCGAGAGAAGGGCACAGCGAGAUGUUUCGGUUUAUUGACUUGGCGCUGGAGUGUACUAGUGGGCUGGCUGAGAAGAGGCCAAAGAUGAGCCAAGUGUUGAGAAGGAUUGAGGAGAUUGGGUAGAGAAAGAGACAUGUGUUUGGAGUGGAGGGAAUUAAAGGCACUUUGUAGAGAUUGCAAAAUUGAAUCGAUUUUGUUUCUUCUUAUUUGUGGGAUGUGGUCGGGGCUUCAUUAUUUGUGGGAGAAAGGGGGAAGAAAAGGUAGAAAUCCUAUGUUGCCUAGCUAGUUUAGUAGUGAUACUUAUGUGAAGAAAGAAGCUGGUAAUGGUUCUUUUUUUUUUUUUAAUUCCUUUUUACUAAGCAGCUAGAUUUGGCAAUUGUAACUUUUUGUUUUGUGAAUGUACGGUACAAUCAAUUUUUUUAUUCUAUCGGAGUCUAAAUCGAUAAAUGAUUUUUAGCAAUAUUAAAAGAUUAAAAUUCUGGUACAGUUUUACAAUAUUUGGACGUAACCACACACAUCUUUUGAGGGUAAAUGAUAAGGUUGGUCACUAGGAUUACUAAAAAUGUUUAUGUUUG